AUGAUUGAGCCUGGUCAAAGUCGUCCUGCUAAAAGCGACUUUUCAGGACGAAAAAUUGUCUACGACGAGGACGGAAAACCAUGUCGAUCAUGUAACACUUUGCUGGACUUCCAACUCGCAACGGGGAAAAUAGGCACUUCUCGCGUUCAGAAUUCCACUCAAAAGAUUUCUAAAGCCGAACCCUACGCUAAGGACGAUCCACCUGAUGUAGAGCUAUUAGGUCGUUCCAGUUGGAACCUACUUCACGCGGUCGCUGCGUCGUAUCCUAAAGCUCCCACUGACCUGCAGAAAACUGAAAUGAAGCAGUUCAUGACCAUCUUCUCGCAUGUUUAUCCGUGUUGGUGGUGUGCAAAGGAUUUUGACAAAUUUAUCCGUGAAAACGCCCCACGCGUUGACUCUAGAGAGGAGUUGGGCAAGUGGAUGUGUGACGCUCACAAUGAUGUCAACCGCAAGCUCGGAAAGCCGAUCUUUGAUUGCAACCUUUGGGAAAAACGGUGGGUCAAUGGAUGGGACUAA